AUGUCAUCACCCUCUCUCCCAAUGCCCUCUCUUCCCCCUAGUCCUCUAGCCAUGGAGUACUUGAAUGACUUUGAUCUCCUCAAAUUUGAGGUGAAAUCUGACACACCACCACUUCCUCCUCCUUGCCCAUACCCCAAAUCCGGCCUCCCCCACGACCCCUCCAGCUCUCCGUACACGGGCCACCCUCCGCAGGACUCCAGCCUGAGCUCCAGCCCCUACAACUCUCUGCCACCUUCACCCACGCUCAGCGACGCCCACCCUCCGCCUUCAGCCUCGUCAUCCGUGUCCUCGUCGUCCUCCUCCAUCUCCUUCCCCCUGUCCAUCUCCAACAGCUUCGCCUCUGGCGUCAGCUCCGGCUCUCAGGGGAAUGGGGAGGGCAGCCCGGCCCAUGGCGGCACCCAGGGUCCCAACCCCACCUCACUGGAGGACCUGAUCUGGCUGGCAGCACUGCAGCAGCAGUUUGGAGGUGAAGUGACGGGACCCGCGUCCUUGCUGGGGGCACUGGGAGCCGGGCCAGAGCGGGGCGAAAGAGAGAGGGGGGCGGUCAAUGGUUUUCUAGGAUGCGAGGAUGCCGUGGAGGCUUUACUGAACUCAGCUGCUGCAGCCGUCAGUUCUCAGUUCCCGGUUCUUUCUCAGAGCUCCAGUAGUAACCUGGGAGACUCCGGCAGCGACAGUGGAGGUGACAUCUCCUGUGGCAAGGGGACGGACAUGUGCCAUCGCCCGCUUGUCUUCCUCUCCUCUGCCCCGCCCUCACUCCCCAACGCCGCCCCCACCUCAGCACCCUACCCACAACCACCCAGCCCCCAGGGCCGACUCCAUCAUCAUCAGCACCAUCACCAUCAACACCACUCGCAUCAUCCCAUGCAUGGCCAUCAUCACCAUCAUCAUCAUCACCUCCAAGUCAGUCAGUGUGGGGUGGAUGAGCGUUUCUCGGAUGAGCAGCUUGUGAGUCUGUCAGUGCGGGAACUGAACCGACACCUGCGUGGUGUGAGUAAGGAUGAGGUAGUCCGUUUGAAGCAAAAGCGACGCACGCUUAAGAACCGUGGCUAUGCCCAGUCCUGCCGCUACAAGCGCUUACAGCACCGCCAUGCUCUAGAGUCUGAGAAACAUGUUCUCACACAACAGCUGGAGCAGCUACAGUGCGAGCUUUCUCGAGUGCUGCGGGAGAGAGACGCCUACAAGGCCCGCUAUGAGAAACUCGUCAGCACAAACCAUGGAGCGAGCGAGGCUCAGCCUGCCCGCAGCAACAACCCACCAUCUCCACCCCCUGACUACUUCCUCUGA